AUGCCUAAAAGAAAUACCCUCACUGACAUAUUAGAGAAAGUGGAAAAUGGUGCUUGUACAGAUGAGCUAAAAAUUGAUGUACUGCAAGCAUAUCAUACAAAUAUUCUUUUUGUUAAUACUAAUGCCAAAUUAUAUAGCCUCUCAGAUAAUAUUCAUCAGACCCUAGACCUAGUACUUGAAGACAUUACUAAUGCACUUAAAGAUUUCUAUAUUUAUCUUGCUAACCUUAUGUCAGUUGAAGAAUUUCUUUCUAUUUCUGAAGAAGAUGUUAUUUACAAAGUUUUUAAGAAUGAUCAAGUUAUUGAAGAACUUGUAAAAAGAUUCAAACCUGUCAAUUUAGCUAGUGAUAAUUCAAAAGAAGAAGAUAGUGUUGAAAUUUUUUUAAUUAGUAUUAAUAUAGCAAUUGUGAGUUUAGAAACUAUUUUUAUGUUUCUACUUCAAUAA